CUUGUGUUCGUCUGUCUUGUGGAACUUCUGAAAGUUGUGCCUUCGUUUUUAUGUUACAUAAGUUGACACCCUGAUGUGACAGUACAAUAGUUUGAUGCCAUUACCCCAGCUAGUACCACCUUCCUUGCUGUGAACUGCAGUGCAAUGAGAUGGGUUGCCUUCAAAGUCAACAUGCACCUGCAGUCAGAUAUCAACCUGAUAACCAGAAUAAUGCCAAGCCGAAUACCGUUAAUCUAAGAGCAGGCAAUAAUCUUAAUCAAACCAAUGUAAAGUCAGUUGCUUCACCAAACCAAGCUGCAAUUAAAAUUCCCAACUUUGAUCAACCGCAUGUAGAACAAGCCAGACAACAAAGUCAAGGUCCUGCUAUUUAUUUAGCUUUAUAUGACUAUCAAGCAAGAAUAGAAGACGACUUAACAUUCCAGAAGGGUGAACAUCUACAAAUUAUUAACAAUAAUGAUGGUGAUUGGUGGUUGGCCAAAUCACUUUCCACACACAGAGAAGGUUAUGUUCCAAGUAAUUUCAUAGCACCAUUGCAGAGUAUCACUGCAGAAGAUGUAGGUUCAUGGAAUGGUGUAACAAAAGUAGCUAUAAAAACUUUGAAGACUGGAACAAUGUCACCACAAGCAUUUUUACAAGAAGCUAAUCUAAUGAAAAAGUUGAGGCACGAAAAUCUUGUUCAGUUGUAUGCAGUGUGUACAGAAAAGGAACCUAUUUACAUUGUGACUGAACUGAUGGUGAAUGGUAGUUUACUGGACUUUUUAAGGGACGGCAAUGGCAAAAAUCUCACGUUACCAGAACUUGUAGACAUGGGUGGACAGAUUGCAGCAGGUAUGUCAUAUCUGGAAAGGAUAAAUUACAUUCAUCGAGACUUGGCAGCUAGGAAUUGUCUUGUGGGGGAAAAUAAAACAGUGAAAGUUGCAGACUUUGGAUUAGCUAGAAUCAUAGAGGAUGAUGAAUACACUGCCAGACAAGGUGCAAAGUUUCCAAUCAAAUGGACUUCUCCAGAAGCAGCGCUCUAUGGUUCAUUUACAACAAAAUCUGAUGUAUGGUCAUUUGGUAUAUUGCUUACUGAAUUAAUUACACUUGGCAGAAUGCCAUAUCCCGGUAUGAUGAACCGUGAAGUAUUAGAGCAAGUCGAUAGAGGUUACAGAAUGCCCAAACCACAGAAUUGUCCUCCAGCUCUCUAUGACCUCAUGUUAGACUGUUGGAAUAAAAGUCCUGAUCAAAGGCCAACAUUUGAGUUUCUCACUGGCUACCUUGAUGACUUCUUUGUUGCUGCUCAGCCUAACUACAAAGAACCAGAUAAUUAUUAAAAUCAUCAAAUAACUACUUAUUGUGCCUUAAAUCAGUGGUAUACUGUAUAGCUGAUUAUAUAACACAACAGAAAGACUGCUUUUAAACAGAAUAAACCUGUUCCUACAAGUGUGUUCAGACUUUGAAAAAAAGGAAGACUUCAGCCAGACUGGAUAAACGAAUUUGUGGUGUCGAAGGCACAGUACUUUCAAUAGACUUCAACAGUACAGUUAUUCACUGGUUUUGACUGGACUAAACCAGUUCCAGUUCCAGUUGCAUUGCUGUCGUGUCUGGUCAGUAGUAAGAUUAUUCAGUGAUUUGAACAGGCAUAAACUAGAAUAAACCAGUUCCUAGCUGUUGCAGUGCUGUCACGUUUUGUCAGCUUUUAUGAAAUUGUGAAGCUCAUACAGAACAGUUUGUGAAACAGAAAUUUGUUUGUGACGUAAGACUGCCUUAAAAUUGUGUUUUGCAAUAAAACACCAUAAAUUAGAGAAUGGCUUGUAUGUUUGGUCAUGUACUACUCAAUAUAUAACCUAAUAACCAGUGUCCCCUUUGAAACUAAUUCAUAGAAAUAACUUACAACAGAUGAUGAUGACAUACUCCUGUCAUGCCUUGAAUUAGGUGAAUUUUUCGUACACAUAAAUUGUAUAGAAGAGUAAGAAAUAUUAAAAUUGCGAAACAUUGAAAAUUUCGAUGGUUUUUUUUUAUGAAACUAAUUAAAAAUAUAUUUAGUCAGAACAUCUUGUCUGAGGAAGUAUGGAAAUUUAAGUCAAAUCGUACAAAAAAAAUUCUUCCAUCCCACAAUGCUGACCAUUAUGAAUAAAAAUUGGUGCAAUCUGUUAUUUUUUUUGUUAGGCUUGAACCUAAGUUCAAUGACCCCCCCCCCCCAAAUCUAUUUUAUCUUAUUCAAAAUAUAUUGUUAUCAAUUAAAGUAAGAGUGAGUGUAUAUGUUUUAACACACAACUUCCUACCUUGUAUUAAAAUCAACUUUCAAUUUACCUAUACAAUCUGAUAAGAGUAUAGAGUAGUCAUACAAUAGUGUAUAAUCUGUGUGUCAUUCCAUUUGUUAUAUGCCACACCACUAAUGCCUAGCUACGUUGCUAGUAAUAUCUCAUUACAUCAACUCUAUUGACUGUAGAUAAUACAAUGACAUCAAACUGAAGAUUCGCCAUUUAUACUAUUUUAGUCUUUGAAUACCACAUUUUUCCCUGGCAACGAUUUUGUGCAACUUUUUGCACACUUUGAUAUAUUUUUGUACAAUUUUUUUGUUAAUUUUAAAUCAAAUAAAUAUAAUUCUCCAUCAAGUGAAUAUAAUUUUCCAUCAGUUACAGAUUCUGAUAAAUUAUUUUGACAACAAUCAGGAGGGUUUAUUUUGUGAAAUGUGCCAAAAGUUUACUUUGGUUGAAACUGGUCGAUAACCAUUUGCAUAUGGUAAUGAAUACUGUAAAAUGUUUUGAUUUGGCUGAAUGAUUCAGUGAAAAUAAAAUACAGCAAUAUACGUUUUUCCUAUACUGUAUUUUACAUUUAAAUCGUCAAAAAUCAGUGAAAAUAAAUUCCAUACA